UUCGCGGGGAGUCGCCGAGCAGACAAGCAGCAGUGCACAACAGCAGCACAGCCUGCACAGGUCUCCGCUCCGCUCCGCCCCGUCGUCGUCGUCGCCUCGGCGCCUUCACUUUCCCCAUCCAUCCCUUUCCCGCAUUUACAGCGCUCACGGUUCUCGCUCCAGUCCAGUCCUCCUUCUUAUCCCCCAAGCAAAGCCGGUCGGGGGAAGCGAAACGGGGCCCGUCUCUACCUGCGGACGGACUGCGUCUCAUCCUCUUGCUCUCAGCUCAGUCCCGCGAUCCAGUGAGCGGCGGCGCUUGCCGAUUGCCGUCGCGAGUCCAGCUACCGGCGGGAUGGGUGAGGAAGACCAGAGGAAGCAGGUGGUGGGUUCGGAGCGGGACCAAGAACUGGAGCGGCGGCCAGGGGAGGAGGGGGAAGAGGAGGAGGCCAAGAAAGCCGCGCCCGGCGAGGCGGAGGCCGGCGCCGGCGCCGGCGCGGAUGCGGCGAGCUGCGACUACUGCGGCGUCGCGGCGGCGGCGGUCUACUGCCGCGCCGACGCCGCCAGGCUCUGCCUGCCGUGCGACCGCCACGUGCACGGCGCCAACGGGGUCUGCUCCCGCCACGCCCGCGCCCCGCUCUGCGCCGACUGCCGCGCCGCCGCGGCCGUCUUCCGCCACGCCGCCUCCGCCGCCUUCCUCUGCUCCAACUGCGACUUCGGGAGGCACCGGGACGGCGGCGGCGAGCCGGCGCUCCAAGACCGCUGCGCGGUGCAGCCCUACUCGGGUUGCCCCCCGGCGACCGAGCUCGCCGCGCUCCUCGGGGUGCCCCUCUUCGACAAGCCGGCCGCCGAGGACGGUGGCUGGUGGAACAUCUGGGAGGAGCCGCAGGUGCUCAGCUUGGAGGAUCUGAUCGUGCCCACCACUCCCUGCCAUGGCUUCCAGCCUCUCCUCACGCCAUCAUCUCCCAAGAACCGGAGCAUCUGCACGGACGAAAAGAUGAACGAGGAGAUCCUCCGGCAGCUGGGUGAGCUUGCAGAGUCAGACGGAGGGGUGCAGGCAGCAGCAGGUCAUGAGGAGGCAGAGCAAGCUGGAGUUCAGUUCCCUUCUUGGGCACCACCACCACAGUAUACCACUGGCCAUGGCAAUUUUGGAGCAGAGAACAGCCAUGAGGUUGCAACCAUGCCUACUCCUGGUUACGAGAAUGGAAAUUGGAACAACGGCGAUUAUCAUGUCCUAAAUGAUGCGUGCAAGGUCGAGCUCACAUAUGAUCAGGUUCCUGUCAGCUCAGCUGAAGCGUGCUUGUCUUCAUUUGUUCCCAUGUCGGAAAUCUGCCCCAGCAUGAGCAAUGGUAGCAGCAUGGAGGAGAACCACCAGGGUAAUCCUAACCUUGCCACGCCUUUGCAAGCCCCCAAAAGAACCGGCUUUGAUGUUGUACCCUGCCCUGACCGGGACUCAGUCAUCUCACGCUAUAAAGAGAAGAGGAAGACAAGAAGAUUUGACAGGCAGGUUCGGUAUGAAUCACGCAAAGUUCGUGCUGAUGGCAGGCAAAGGAUCAAGGGGCGUUUUGCAAAGGCACACCAGACAUAAACCUAGCAUCUUCCAGCACAAAAAAAAAGGAAACUGAUUAGGAGCAAAGAUAAUAUAAUACAAAAAAUGUGCCAGAAUUUUGUUUGCCUUCAGUUCCAUAGCUGAUAGCUCAUAUCUUCAAAUACAGUUCGAAUUAUGUAUGUAUAUUGCCGUCAUGUGGCUACACUUCUUCGAGGAGAGAUCCAUCUCCUGUAAAUAGUCCUACACCUAUGAACUCUGAUUUUGUCAUACUGGAGAUAUUAUGCACACAGGAAUAGCAUCGCUAUGUUUGUUUUGGUAUUGUUA